AUGACGCCAACAGAGGAACAGACUGACUGCUUUCCAAAUCGUCAUGGGUUUGACGCCGACUCUUUGAAUGGCGCUUGCCUUCAUGGCGGUAAUUAUGGAGAUCCCAUCAGCGAAGAGCAUUCAAUGGGAAAGAAUAUGCCCAUUGCUAUCGUUGGCAUGGCAUGUAGACUUCCAGGGAGUGUGUCCAGCACAGCAGAGUUUUGGGAGUUAUGUGCGCGAGCACGCAGUGGCUUCAGUUCAGUGCCCAAAACUCGAUUCAACCACGAUGCCUUCUACCACCCAAAUCCAGGAAAGGCUGGAGCAUAUCAUGCUGCCGGUGGUUACUUCCUUGAUGGCGAUCUGGCAGCUUUCGACGCCCCUUUCUUUGGCUUGACCGAAAAGGAAGCCAUUUCUAUGGAUCCACAACAACGACUACUGCUCGAGUGCACAUUCGAGGCAUUGGAAAAUGCUGGUAUUCCCAAGCACUCGAUUGUGGGACAGGACAUUGGUGUCUUCGUGGGCGGCAGUCUUGCGGAAUACGACAGCCACUUGUCCCGGGACAGUGACAAUAUCCCUAUGCAUCAGGCGACAGGUACCUAUGCUAUUUUCACCCAAAGCACGGGAUUUGGAAGAGGCGAAGGCUGCGGCAUAAUCAUCUUGAAGCCUCUGGAUCAAGCGCUGCGGGAUAACGAUUCCAUACGCGCUGUUAUCAUGGGCAGUGGCAUCAACCAAGAUGGAAAGACCCCUGGCAUUACGAUGCCGAACGGGGCAGCCCAAGAAAAACUGAUCAAUCAGAUUUACCGAAACGCAGGUCUCGAUCCGUCGGACUGCGGUUUUGUUGAAGCCCACGGAACAGGAACCAAAGUGGGAGACCCAAUCGAGGCCACUGCCAUCCACCACACCCUAGGCCAAGGUAGAAGCGUGAAAGAUACGCUCUACAUCGGGUCCGUCAAGUCCAAUAUCGGUCAUUUGGAAGCGGCCUCUGGGAUCGCCGCCGUGAUCAAAGCGGCUUUGAUGCUGGAAAGGGGAUUCCUUCUGCCUAACCACGACUUCAAAAAGCCCAACGAGAAAAUUCCCUGGAAGCAAUGGCACCUCAAAGUGCCGCCCACCCAACGGCCGUGGCCGAAGGGGAAGAAGUACAUCUCUGUGAACAACUUCGGAUUCGGUGGCACAAACGCCCACGUGGUUCUGGGAAAGGCGCCAUUCCCUCCUAAGCAAUCAAAUGGACGAGCAACUGAGAAACAGGUCCAGACUGGCAGAAGGCUCUUUGUCUUGACUGCCAACGACAAGCAAUCAUUGGAGAUCGUAAUGAAGAAACUCGUCAUCUACCUCGAGCAACGACCCGAAAUAUUUCAGAACGACCUGCUCAAUAAUUUGGCAUACACCCUAGGGCAACGACGAUCUCAACUCCAAUGGAGAGUCGCCGUUCCCGCCAUGACUUCAUUUGACUUGAUUGAGGCACUGAACAGUAACAACGUCUCGUCAGGCAAAGAAGUAGGGUUGCUCCGUAUAGGGUUCAUAUUCACAGGUCAAGGUGCCCAGUGGUAUGGCAUGGGCCGGGAGCUUCUCUCACAAUAUCCAGUCUAUGCCUCCGCCAUUAUUCGUGCCGAUGAAUGCCUCCGGCGACUCGGCGCGAAAUGGUCCCUGUUUGAGGAGUUAAGCAGAGAUAUUGUCACCUCCCAGGUGUCUGAGGCCUACAUCAGUCAACCAGCAUGCACCGCCGUGCAACUAGCUUUGACCGACUUGCUGCGGGUGUGGGGGAUCCUACCUGUAGCUGUUGCUGGGCACUCUAGUGGUGAAAUUGGCGCGGCCUAUGCGGCGGGCUUUAUUUCUUUCGAAUCGGCCAUGUCGAUUGCAUAUCAUCGUGGUCGUCUGAUUCCUGUCUUGAAGCAGAGAUUUCCCACCCUCGAUGGUGCCAUGAUGGCAGUUGGGGCCACCAAGGAUGCGGUUCAGCCGUUGAUUGAUGCCUUGCAGGCGGAGCAAGUCCGAAUUGCUUGCUACAACAGUCCUUCAAGUCUCACUAUCUCAGGCGAUGCCGCAGCUCUGUCCGAGUUGGAAACGAUGAUCGAGCAAACACACCCUAAUAUCUUUCACCGACGCUUACAGGUUGACGUUGCUUAUCAUUCCCACCACAUGAACCUUCUUGCCAAAGAGUACCGCGAAUCUAUCCAAUGCCUCCCGCAUGCGACGUCAAACGAGGCCGUUCGCUUUCACUCUUCACUCUAUGGUCGUCAAGUAGACGGCUCCGAGUGCUGGGCAAAAUACUGGGUUGACAAUCUCAUGUGCCCAGUGCGAUUUUCCGAAGCCCUAGAGACGAUGCUCGAGCCGGUUGGGGACCACAAGACAGGUGUCAAUAUGUUGAUCGAGUUGGGACCACAUUCUGCCCUCCAGGGGCCUAUUAAACAAAUCUUGAAGUCCGUAGGCGGAGUGGCACCGAAGAUACCGUACCUACCGUCUUUGGUCCGGAAUAAGGAUGCCGUUGAGACAGCCAUGGACUUAGCUGCGAGCGUCAUCGUUAAAGGGGCACUGCUCCAAAUGGAUGCCAUCAACUUCCCCAAACCCACCAAGACCAUGUUAUUGACAGAUCUCCCGCGGUACUCCUGGAACCACCAGAACAGCUAUUGGCAGGAUUCACGCAUGGCUCACAAGCACAACCAUCGCACCUCGCCGCGUAGCGACUUGAUCGGCCUCGAAGCGAUCUAUUCUAACGAGCAUGAGCCCACAUGGAGAAAUAUCAUCUCCUUGGACGACCUCCCGUGGCUCAGGCACCAUCAAAUUCAGUCCGUCACCGUGUUCCCUAUAUCUGGUUUCAUCGCCAUGUCUCUAGAAGCGGCAGCCCAAUGGGCUGAACGCAGGGAGAUACCUUUCGACAAGUUCGAGCUGAGGAAUGUCUCCGUGCUCAAGCCCUUGGCCAUCACAAGUUCAGAAGUUGAGAUAGCUAUCAACUUGACACCACAACUUGAAGCAACCAUUGCUGGAGGUUGGAUCCAUUUCCGCAUAUGCUCUUGGAGGCAGGGAACUGGGUGGACGAAGCACUGCGUCGGCCUGAUCGCCACACAAUGCCACGAGUUCAAUGAUGUCGAUGGCCCUCGGCAGAAAAUGGAUGCACGUCAGAGGUCAGUGACGAUCAUUCAGGCUGCCCUCGAGUCCAAAGUUGUUGAUGUCGCUGAGGCCGGCAUGUAUGAGGAUCUCUCUGAGCUCGGGGUUGUGUAUGGCGCAUCAUUCCAAGGCAUCACGAACUGCAAGGCUUCGAGCAAGUAUUCAAUUGGAAAAAUCGCCGUCGCUAAUGUUGCGCAAGACAUGCCCAACCACAGCAUGACGAGUACCAUCGUCCAUCCUACAUUCCUCGAAUCAAUGAUUCAGAUGUACUGGCCAAUUCUCGGCGCUGGACGAUCUACUGCUGACGCCCUCUACCUCCCGUCAUCUAUCGGCAAACUGUCGAUAUCGCGCGGAAUCACGUCUUUGACAAGUCAGCCGGGCAGCACUAUGCAAGCCUACUGCCAAGCCGACUUCCCAGUCUCCGGACCGCGGCCAACGAAGGUCACACUAUUCGCGACGGCUUCUGAAGACGUACAGGAGUCUAUCAUCGAGAUUGAUGAUCUUACUGUUUCCCCAAUCAUUGACGGAGAGACAGAGCUUGAGACCAACUCUAUUCGCGAGCUUUGCUACAAGCUUGAAUGGGAGCCCGUUUCGGAGCCACCGAGUGCGACAAUGACCGGAAAUACUACCAUGACUGGGACGUCAACCAUUAGCGGAUCAUUGCUGGAAAUUGACAUUGCUAUUAUCCAUGGGGACUCGGACCUUCAGUACCUGGUGGCCAAUGGACUUGCUCUCACUCUGGAAAGUGUCACAUCAAGACUACCUGACUUGGGUAACCUCCAUGACGUCGACCCCAAAGGAAAGCUAUGCGUCGUCUUGACAGAGAUAGACGAGCCUUUCCUUGCCAAUGUGACAGAAGAUCAAUUUGCUACGGUACAGAGGAUGUUACUGGCAGCACAAGCCGUAUUAUGGGUCACUCGUGGCGCUUAUGACAAGUCCACAUCUCCAGAGUCCAAUAUGAUAAGCGGUCUGAGCAGGACGGUGCGGUCUGAGACGUUACUGCCUUUCGCAACGCUUGAUUUGGACGGGAACCACAAGCUUGAUGAUGAAGACGCCGCCAAUAUUAUCGUGGAUAUUAUCAAGCUUGCAUGUGGCGUCGGUUCGUCAGCAACCACUGAGCUGGAGUUCAUGGAGCGAUCCGGGAAAUUGUUCACGCCUCGGGUCAUCAACGACGAUGAAAUGAAUGACUUUGUCCACCACCAGACAAACCCCAGGGCAGUUGAACCCCAGCGCUUUGGACAGGACAACCGACCCCUUAGGUUGGAAUUCUCGGCUUCCAGGUCUAUCGACAAAUUGCAUUUUGUCGACGAUGAGCUGCUCAACACACCCCUACUAGAUGACCAUAUUGAAUUUGAGGUCAAGGCAGUUGGGAUGAACUCACGGGAUGCGGCGCUCACCAAAGACCAUUCCAUCGAUUCGGGACACCUCGCUCCCGGUUUUGAGGCCUCGGGCGUCAUAACCAGCAUCGGUAGCGCUGUCAAGUCCCUGAACGUUGGCGACCGCAUUGCUGGACUUACGACAACCAACGGCGCCUUCGCCACACGGACAUGUACCCGUGCAUCUAUGGCCUUCGCUAUCCCCUCGGGGCUUUCUUUCGAAGAAGCAUCCACCCUCCCAUUAGCAUAUUGUACUGCUUACUAUAGCCUCAUGUGGCAGGCACGUCUGCAAAAGAGUCACCGCGUCCUAAUUCACUCAGCCGGAGGCGGCGUUGGACAAGCGGCCAUAAUGAUCGCACAAAUGGUUGAAGCUGACGUGUUCGUGACAGUGGGCUCUGCCGAGAAAAAGGCUUUGCUCAUAGCCAAGUACAACAUCCCCGAGGAUCGCAUUUUCUACAGCCGUAGCUCCGCCUUUGGCACGGCAGUGCGCCGCGCCACCGACGGCGAGGGCGUUGAUGUGGUGCUUAACCUCUCUCCAGGUUGUGCGGAGACGCAACGGGCACUAUGGGCGAGUGUGAGCCGCUUCGGGUGCCUUGUUGACGUGGCACAGAGCAUUUCACGACUCGAGACAGGCCAGGCUGACAGCAACGCUAGCUAUAUCAGCAUUGACAUCUUUGGGUUGGCAGUUGAGAGACCCAUGGUGAUGGCUAGCCUGGUGGUUGAUGUUGCGCGGCUGUUGCACGAAAGCAAAAUUGGGCCAGUCACACCUAUCACUGUCUUCCCCAUCUCCGACAUCCAUGGCGCGUUCAAGAAGCUCCAUAGUACUGAUCGGACUGCUGGAAGGUUGGUGGUCGUUCCCCACGCUGACGACAUGGUGUUGGCAACCCCAUCGAAGACACCAGAGAAACUGCUUCGUGCCGACAGCACGUAUGUGCUAAUCGGCGGUACCGGUGGCCUUGGCCGUAGUAUGGCGCAAUGGAUGGCCUCGAAAGGGGCUGGCAACAUCGUCCUGCUUUCACGAAGAGCAUCCACAUCCGGUCAAAUUAAGGACCUGGUAGAAGAUGCGUGUGCUUUGGGAACCAACAUUGUUGUUCGGAGCUGCAACGUCGCCGACAAGGCCAGUGUGGAUGAGUUGUUCGCAACCGGGCUUAUUGGGCUGCCGCCUGUGCGAGGUGUCGUCCAUGGUGCCAUGGUCCUUCAUGACGUUAUUUUCGAAAAGAUGACUUGGAGCGACUACACCACAGUCAUCGAGUCCAAAGUUCAAGGCGCCUGGAAUUUCCAUUUGGCCCUGCGAGACCGUAACGUCUGUCUUGAUUUCUUUGUCGCAAUUUCUUCUGCUUCGGGAGUUGUCGGAAAUCGCGGGCAAGCUGCAUAUGCCGCGGCCAACACCUAUCUCAAUGCUCUCGUGCAACACCGACUCGCGCAGGGCUUACCAGCCGCAUCUCUCGACCUCACUGCCGUGUCAGAUGCGGGAUAUUUGGCUGAAGACGCCGAACGCGCUGCCGAGGUGGCUCGGAACCUAGGGUCCGAUAGUAUUAGCGAAGCCGAAGUACUCGCCUUGCUGGGCGCCGCCAUCACCGGCCGCACGGCGACAUGUAACCACCAAGUCAUAACGGGCAUGCGCAUUACCCCCACCAUGAAGCCCUUCUGGACGACCGACGCCAAAUUCAAGGCGCUGCGCCUGGCCGCAGAGGAAGCCGGCAUCGCUAACACGAGCGCUGCUGUACUCUCGCCCCAUGAGGCACUCAAGGCAGCUCAGACUGUUGCAGCAGCCGAAGAUGUAGUUAGCGCGGGGCUUGUCGACAAGAUUGCCGCAGUGCUGAUGAUGGAGCCGGAGGAGUUAGACGUAACGCGCAGCUUGUCACAUUACCCGCUCGACUCCUUGGUCGCCAUUGAGAUACGCAACUUCAUUACGCGCGAGUUCGAGGCUAAUAUGCAGGUGCUUGAACUGUUGAGCAGCGGCAGCAUUCAGACACUGACAAGGGCGGUGUGUGGGAAGAGCAAGCUUGUUUGUGGAUUGAGCUAG